GUGUAGUUAUCCUAGCAAACAUCGUGAUCAUACAGAUAUUUGUUUCUCGCAUUGUGCGCAACACCUAAGUUCCGGGACCCUUUCCUCAGUCCAGGCACAGUAGCAGGUCCAUACUAUAGGUGGGCCUGCAUAAGAUCCAUCGGCCUUGACUCCGUUGCAGCUGCGACAGCUUAAUUCCAAGCUUGAGGCAUGGGCUCAAGCCAGAGCAAGAGCACGCAAGCGACGGGCGGCAACAAUGCAACUGCUGACGUUGAGGGCAAGAAGGAGGUGUAUGACAAGCGUCUGCAUGGCAACGUCUUCGUCCGCUUCAUCACCGGCCCGUACUUCGACGUCAUCCCAGUCCAGUACGAGCGUGCCACCAAGGAGCGCAAGGCCGCUAUCGAGCGGGGAGAAGAGGUUGCGGAGAAUGAAGGACCCGGCGCGGAGCACAAGGACUACAUGACUCAGCUCAGGCACCUCGCGAUGAACGAGGUGGACACCGACGGCGUGUACGGCCUCAACCCAGAUGAGCUGGUGCCGCUGCCCUUCGAUGUGCCCCUGUGGCCGAUGUAUGUGGUGGAGAUCCUGGCGGGUGUUUUCACGGUGGCGCAGGCAACCAUUGUCAUGUU